GAGGCAUGGACUGAAACCCACAUUGAAUGCCACACUGGGGGGAACAUCAGCAUGACAAGCGCGGUAGUACUUCUGCCUACAAUUACCCUUUUGCUAGUCUUCCUCUCCAUCCCUUUUGUCUCUCCUUUUCCUCUCCUUUGUCCUCUCUCUCUCUCUCUAUCGUUUAUAUCAGUCUAUAUAUCCAUCUAUGUAUUCAUAUCUCAACAGACUCCAAAAGAAAGUGUUGGAAAAAAAUGUCACCGGCAGCUUCAACCAGAUGGUGUCCGACGCCUGAACAGAUUAUGAUAUUGGAAGAAAUGUAUAGAGGAGGGAUAAGGACCCCAAAUGCAACUCAGAUACAACAGAUAACAGCCCAUCUUUCGUUUUACGGAAAGAUUGAAGGAAAGAAUGUCUUCUACUGGUUCCAAAACCACAAGGCCAGAGAGCGACAGAAACUCCGAAGGAAACUUUGUAGACAGCAGCAGCAGCAGCUUUCAGCCCACCACCACCGCUUCCUUCAUCAGAUCGAGCAGUCCGACUCUUCUGCUCUUCAUCAACCUCCACUUUAUAACUCAGCUCAGCUGCUUCCUCAGGCAGGAGGAGCAAAAGAGGCAUCGAACGACGUUAUGAGUUACUCCAGCAGGAAGAUGGAUAUUCCAGAGAGGGACGAGAAGGAGAGGUCCAAGUGGAUGUACGGCCGUGAUUGGAUGAUGAUGAUGAUGAUGGACAUUGGGCCGACCACUCAUUGCUGCAACCGACCUCUCAAAACCUUACAGCUUUUCCCUAUUACAACCACCAGUCUCAAGGACGAGUGCACAACAUCUAACCAUCUUUCAUGCUCAACGUCUACCGACUAAAACUGCAACUUCAUUCAUAGGAGCUGAUGAUCUCUAUUUCUCUUUCCUCUUUGUCUUAUCUAUCUAGCUAAUCAUCUAUCUAUCCAUCUGUAUCAUCUCGAUUUCUGGCAUCUGUGUCAAACUCUUCAUGUCUAAACUCAAACUAGUGCUUCUGUUAGUAUCUACUUCUACUACUACUACUAGUACUACUGGAGCAAUACAACAAUGAAAACUGUUUCGUUUAACGUUUGAUAUA